UCGGGGCUGGAGCCGCGGCCGCGCCCCCAGGCCGCCCUCGGGGCGGGAGGAGGAAGCGCGGGCGGGCGGGGCGCGUCGGGUUACACGGGCUCAGCCCGCCCCGCAGUGACAUCCGCGCGCGCCCGGCCCCGGCUCUGAUUCCGAGCGAGACCGACUCCGCCCGGGCCGGAGGAACCGGGUGCUCCUGCCCUCUCUCCCCUGGCGCCACAGGACUAGUCGCAGGCUAAGAAAUGGCAUUUAAGAAGGCAGUAAAAGGGACUGUUCUUGCUGGAGGAGGUGCUCUUGCAACUAUUCUAGGCCUCUCUCAGUUUGCCCAUUACAGAAGGAAGCAAAUGAGCCUGGCCUAUGUUCAAGCAGCCGAGUGCAUUUCAGAACCUGUGAACAAGGAUCCUCCUUCCCGAGAAGCUCAGAUACUGACUUUGAAAAACACGUCUGAAUUCGAUGUCCUUGUCAUUGGAGGAGGAGCGACAGGGUGUGGCUGUGCACUGGAUGCUGUCACCAGAGGACUAAAAACAGCCCUUGUAGAAAGAGAUGAUUUCUCAUCGGGGACCAGCAGCAGAAGCACUAAAUUGAUCCAUGGUGGUGUGAGAUAUCUUCAGAAGGCUAUCAUGAAGUUGGAUAUUGAGCAGUAUAGGAUGGUAAAAGAAGCCCUUCACGAGCGCGCCAACCUUCUAGAAAUUGCUCCCCAUUUAUCAGCUCCAUUGCCUAUAAUGCUUCCAGUUUACAAGUGGUGGCAGUUACCUUACUACUGGGUAGGAAUCAAACUGUACGACCUGGUAGCAGGAAGUAAUUGCCUGAAAAGCAGUUACAUCCUCAGCAAAUCGAGAGCCCUUGAGCAUUUCCCAAUGCUUCAGAAGGACAGGCUGGUAGGAGCAAUCGUCUACUAUGAUGGACAACACAACGACGCACGGAUGAACCUUGCCAUUGCUCUCACUGCUGCCAGGUAUGGGGCUGCCACAGCCAAUUACAUGGAGGUCCUGAGCUUGCUGAAGAAGACAGACCCCGCAACAGGGAAAGAGCGCGUGAGCGGCGCGCGGUGCAAGGACGUGCUCACAGGACAGGAAUUUGAUGUGAGAGCCAAAUGUGUUAUCAAUGCCACGGGACCUUUCACAGACGCCGUGCGCCAAAUGGAUGAUAAGGACGCCGCAACUAUCUGCCAGCCGAGUGCUGGGGUCCACAUUGUGAUGCCUGGUUAUUACAGCCCAGAGAGCAUGGGACUUCUUGACCCAGCGACCAGUGAUGGGCGAGUUAUUUUCUUCUUACCGUGGCAAAAGAUGACUAUAGCUGGCACUACCGACACUCCAACCGAUAUUACACACCAUCCUAUUCCUUCGGAAGAAGACAUCAACUUCAUUUUGAACGAAGUGCGUAACUACCUGAGUCAUGAUGUUGAAGUGAGGAGAGGGGAUGUACUGGCAGCGUGGAGUGGUAUUCGUCCCCUUGUGACAGAUCCUAAGUCGGCAAACACUCAGUCCAUCUCCCGGAAUCAUGUUGUGGAUAUCAGCGAGAGCGGCCUCAUCACAAUAGCAGGGGGAAAGUGGACAACCUAUCGCUCUAUGGCAGAAGAUACCAUAAAUGCUGCUGUCAAGGCUCAUAAUUUGAAAGCGGGACCAAGUAGAACAGUUGGGCUUUUUCUUCAAGGGGGCAGAGAUUGGAGCCCCACACUCUACAUUAGGCUUGUCCAGGAUUAUGGACUUGAAAGUGAGGUGGCACAGCAUCUUGCCUCCACCUAUGGGGACAAGGCCUUUGAGGUGGCCAAAAUGGCAAGUGUGACUGGAAAAAGGUGGCCCAUUGUUGGAGUGCGGCUGGUGUCAGAAUUUCCAUACAUUGAAGCAGAGGUGAAAUAUGGGAUUAAGGAGUAUGCCUGCACCGCAGUGGAUAUGAUUUCACGUCGCACUCGCCUGGCUUUUCUAAAUGUCCAGGCAGCGGAGGAAGCUCUACCCAGGAUUGUUGAGCUGAUGGGCAGAGAACUGAACUGGAAUGAUUCUAAAAAACAGGAAGAACUUGAAACAGCUAAGAAGUUUCUAUAUUUCGAAAUGGGUUAUAAAUCUCGAUCAGAACAGUUAACAGAUAACUCUGAAAUUAGCCUGCUGCCUUCAGACAUUGACAGGUACAAGAAGAGAUUUCAUAAGUUUGAUACAGACCAAAAGGGCUUUAUUACCACUGUUGAUGUUCAGCGUGCAUUAGAGAGUAUCAAUAUCCAAAUGGAUGAAAACACACUACAUGAAAUUCUGAAUGAAGUAGAUUUGAACAAAAAUGGACAAGUUGAACUCAAUGAAUUUUUGCAGCUGAUGAGUGCUAUUCAGAAAGGAAGGGUGUCUGGAAGCCGGCUGGCGAUCCUACUGAAAACGGCAGAAGAGAACCUGGAAAGAAGGGUUCCCAUUCCGGUGGACAGAAGUUGUGGAGGAUUGUGAGUGUGAGCAGUGACUCCUCGGCCAACACACGUAGGAACAACAAAUCAUCAUGUAACAACAGUUACGAAAUACAACACUCCAAAAUAGUGGAUAUGGAUAGCUGCUUUAAAAAAAACAAACAACACUGGGAAACAUUCCAAAGCUUUAGGAUGUUGAUGUAUACCCCUUCUUUGUAUCUGCCAUUCACUCUAGCUUCUAAAAUGUGUAUUUUAUCCCUUUUCCUCAUUUUUGAUGCACCCUGCCUUAAUGUUUUGUAUCCAUUUUGUGACCGAUUAGACUGGACAUGCUCUCUUUUUGUGUAUGUGUUCAUUUAUUCUCAUUCAAUUCUAGAGGCAGAAUGCUUUGGCUGAAAUUGAAGAAAAGACACAGGAAGAAUUUUGUAACAUACACAAAGCUUGAUGUUAAGCUUGCAGAUCGUAUUUGUUCUUAAAAGAAAUGGAGCUGAGAGUGGCCUAUUAAGAGAAGACCUCUCCAGCCACUCCUUCCUCCAGCCUGUCUGCCUUCCCUCUCCAAACCGUCGCACAAUUUUCUAUGUAGAGCGCGACUGGCAAAGCUGGAGAGGGAAGAGAACAUUUAGAUCUGGUUACAGGAGCAAGUCUGAAAGAGAAACUCUGAGAGCUUCCAGAAUCACAGGUAUAAGAUAAGGAUAGCAUUGACAUUUCUGGGAGUUACAGUGAUAGUUUCAUCUCAGCAAUUCGUUGUGGUUUUUUUUUUCCUCCCUCAGUCACUGCUGGUUUUUCUUUGACUAUUAUAGUUGCCAGGAAGAUUCUUGCUUUUUUAACGUUCAAAACCGGCAUUUCAGUGGUAAGUUAGAUGUAAUGGGAUGAGACUGAAUUUCUCAAAUCUUUACAGGAGUAAUUAAUACACGUAAAGGUUAAAAACCUGUGUUUAUUAAAGACCCACAUAUGAUAGCACAAUUUUUAAUCCCCACAUCCUAAAUGUUAGAGCGUGUGACAUUGUCAGACACGAACUGUUUUGCUUGGUUGACUGCAUCCGUUUGGGGGAGUAUUUGUAAACAGACAGCAACGAGGGUAGAAAUAGCCCUUCGGUAACUUUAUAAUUAUUUGUAAAAAGGCACAACACUCAAGGUCCUUUUGGUUACCGAAAGCCUCUCCCAUUCUGUACUCAGUGGAAAAGUUCUCAACCAACCAAAAAGAAAAAGAAAAAUAUAAAACCACACAAACAUACACUCACACACAUUCCCCCAGCACACAUACACACACACAGAGAGACACAAAACAAACAAAAAUCCAAUCUGUAUUGCAUUUCACAAAUAAUGAAUUGAAUUUAAAGGGCUAUUUUGGUAGGCUUUUGCAAUAUUUUGUUGGCAUUUUAGCCAGUCACCUGAAUAUUUAUUUUUUGUGCUUCCUCUUGUGAAGUUAACUACCUAUUUUUUGUGUCUCCAGAUCAGGUUGUGUAUGUGAAAUCUAACCCUUUAUUUAAUGUCAGGUUUUCACUGCACACACUUAAAGUCUUAGUUUUUUAAACUGGUACAUGAAACGCUUUUGCGCAGUUAUUUCUGUGUAUGUCAAUAUUGUAGACUAUCUUUAUGCAUCUUUCGAGUGGGGUCUGAGCCUGGAUGUCAUAGUAUAAACACUGGAAAUUCACUCAGUUAAGCACCCAUCCUCACUUCUGAAACAGUUAUGGUAGCAUCUUAACUCCUUUUGUUUUUAAAGGAUGUUUUAGACUUGCCACUUCGAAAGGAAAACCUAAAACAGAGCAAGGGAUGCUCCGAGGUACCACUGUGAAGUUUUUCUUUCAAGGUGUGAUUUUUUUUUUUUUUAUACUGGCUAUUUUAUUUUUUUAAAUAAAGGAAGCUUGUGACUUUGUAAUUUAGUAUUUUUCUAUCAAGACAAUACGUUUCACUGUUUGGAAUCCAGUGACACUCAACAGACAGAAGAGCUGUCCUUUCAAACAUUACAGGUGAUGUACCACAAUAUUGUACACUUGUGUUCUCUUUCUCUUUUUCUAGUUAGAGGUGAUAAGGAUGACUUGUAUCCUCCCUGAAUCCAUUACAGUAGGGACCCGGCUUAAGACCUGACUGGCCUGGGCAGAGCUGUGUUUGUAACACACGCCUUGUUUGUGCACGCUUUGCUGUGAGUGAAGUUCCUUUAAGGACAAAGAAAAGCACACUUUUCUUCUCUUGAGCAUAUUUGCUUUUGCUUAAAAUCUGCUAAUUCUAAAACAUACGCUCCUUCAUCGAUCCCAGAGACUCAUCUUGGAAACGAGCUGGUUCCAAGUCUUUACUGUGAAUAAAGCACCCCCACAUUGUGGUGUAAGUUCUUAAUUAAACCUGUACAGCUUCUUCACCUGAUUUCAGAAAUGAAGCAAGAAAUAGGGGGAUAAGCCCCUGCAAAACCUACUCCAAAUGCAAAAGGAUUUUCUGCCUUUUUAUAUAAAUGUGAUGUAGAUGAUGCUGUGAGGGUGGAGGUGGGGGUGGGGAGUGCAGAGAUUGUCUUUUAUCAAUCAAGUGAUUUCUUUCAAGAGCCUUUAAGGGGAUUCAGGUGAAGGAAACCCCAUCUGUGGUGGAGACCUGGAUGGUCCUCCUUUAAACAGCUGGACCACAGUCAUACAAGAGUGAUCAUGCUGGAUUAUUUGUGAAGCCAGGGUUGCCUGCCUCAUAUCCAUCAUGCUGUUUGCAAAAUUCUUGCUUUUAAUCAAUUUAUACUGAGUGUAACUUUAGGGUUUCUACAAUUAAAUGCAUGCUCCCUAUUCUGCUUUAGUUUCUAGCUUCGUUUUGUCUUUUUCAAAUUAUGUAGAUUUCUCUUUUGUACAACGAAAAUUUCACUCUGGCUUUUACUAAACAUACUGUCAGAAUGAUCAUUGAUCUUAUUCCCUUUUUUAUGUAUUUGUAUUUUGGCCUAUGAAUGUAAUAAUAUUGAUGUCAGUGACACUAUAACUUGCACUGUUUUGCAUUAUGUCAGCCCUUUUUAGGGAGUAAAAAAGCCCUACUGUGUUUUUAAAGAUCAAGUAUAAGCCCAGUACUGAAGUAGAGAUACAUACUGCAUGUUUUCAUGGCUCUUUUAUGUAUCGUGUUGGGUUAUUGUUCUAGAUUGGACUGUUAAAUACUGUGUUUGAGGCUGGGUUGUCAUUUUUAUAACUGUCUUGGUGUUUUAUCGCCAUUAUUUAUUACUUUUGAUAUACGGAAUGAGCUGCAUGCAUUUAUAGAGCAAUAAGAGGAUGUAUUUAAUGUGCCUUGUUUUUAACAGAAUAAGAACUGAAAGCAUGAAUCAAUAAAACUGAUUAAAAUGGUC